GGGGUUUGUCGCAGCGAGGACAGAGCAGAGGUUUAUGGGUUAGUGGACAAAAGGGCACACAGCGUUUCACCUUUUUGGAGGUUUACAACAAGCGGCUGCCCCGAUGAAGGCCAGUUGGCUGGAGAGGACGGUUAGAUGGAUAGUUCGGUUGAUGUCUUUUCGGCGCAAGUGUCAAAGGAAAGUGACUCUGGUUAUGGUGGGACUGGAUAAUGCCGGGAAGACAGCCACAGUGCGAGGAAUCCAAGGAGAGAACCCCGAGGACGUGGCUCCUACGGUGGGUUUUUCCAAGGUCGACAUGAAGCAGGGCAAGUUCGAGGUGACCAUCUUCGACCUGGGCGGUGGGAAGAGGAUCCGGGGCAUCUGGAAGAACUACUACUCGGAGUCGCACGGCGUGGUGUUCGUGGUGGACUCCAGCGACGUGCAGAGGAUCCAGGAAACGCGGGACACCAUGGCCGAGGUCCUCCAGCACCCGCGCAUUGCAGGGAAACCUGUGCUAGUGCUCGCCAACAAACAGGACCAAGAGGGAGCGCUGGCGGAGGCAGACAUCAUAGAGAACCUGUCGUUAGAGAAGCUUGUUAACGAGAACAAGUGUCUCUGUCAGAUCGAGCCAUGCUCUGCCGUUCUAGGCUAUGGCAAAAAAGUCGACAAGUCCAUCAAGAAGGGCCUGAAGUGGCUCCUCAACAACAUCGCCAAAGACUACGAGGCCAUCACCGAGCGCGUGCAGAAGGACACGGCCGAGCAGCGCGCUCAGGAGGACCAGGACAAGAGGGAGAGGAUGGAGAGAGUGCGGCAGAUACGACAGGAGAGAGAUCGGGAGGAGCGGGAAGAGGCCGAACGUGAGGGCAGGCAGAUCCAGGAAGAGGAGCUUGAUGAGGAUAACAUGCCCAGCCCCUUCCAACCAAUGAGCAACGUGAUCUCUGAGAACGAGGAUAAAGAAAAGGAGAGGAGGAGGCAAAGAGAGGCGCAGGAGGCGAGGACCAACAGCCCGAAGACGGAUCAAGAGGAAGAGGAGUACGAGGACGACGACGAGCCAGACGACACGAGACAAACGCCGGAAAACGCCACUUCAGGCGAGCAAGAGAAAAAGAAGACGAGGAAGCUGCACCUGAAGAGGAAGCACAGGGUGGACCCGCUGAGGACGGAGGACGGGCCAGCAGAGAGUCCCACCCCUCCACCUCCUCCAGUGGGAUGGGCGACACCCAAAGUUUCUAGGCUGCCAAAACUAGAACCACUCGGGGACUCGAGACAUUCUGCGAGCGGUGCAACCAAACACAGAGACUCCUGACGUGGGGACGCCGAAAACACAGGAGCAACAUGGGAAAUGAAGUCCUGCUCAGAAGCUGUUCUAUUCAGUGGGAAACAUUGAACCUGCCUGAACUGAUUGAACGUCAGGUUCUGUCUCCAUUCGACAAAAUAAACUUUUUUACGGUUAAUAUCAGUGUUAUAGACACUUUGGACUCCGUUUGUCCAGCUUUUAAUUGACAAAGAAUGUACAUAUGUCCGCUAUAACCUUAUAUAUAUAUAUAUAUAUAUAUAUAUAUCUUUAUGUCUGUUACAGAAUAAUGGAUUUGCACACACGCCGCCAUUAAAAAUGACCAUUUAUUUUUGCACCUUCGGUUUUGUAGUGUAAACAAAGGUGAUAUCUUGGAAGUGGCUUUUCACAGCUGAGUGCUUUAAAUUCCCCCUUUUUACAACUCUGAAAUGAGUUGAAUUAUGGGAGUACUUUGCUACACUACGCUCUACUGUACAGGGGAAAGUGUUACACUACAUUAUUAUUGGUCAAUUUUAGUAAUGAAUGUCUUGACAUUUCACUUUUUACGGACAUGAAAAGAUUUGUUAAAUCUGUAAUAGGGAGCAUUUUCUGUCUCUUGCCAGCAGCAUCAUUUUAUUUAUUGUUAAAAAUGUAAACAUAUGAAAAUAUAUUUGUCUACAGGGCUACAGAUUUUUGUACGCAUUCUGCUGUUUACACUGUGUAUGUGUUUUUAAAGUGAUAUUUCUCCUGAGGCCUCAGACUCGCUGCCUCUCAGGUGGCCCCGAGGUGUGAGCCAGCGCCGCCGCCGCUGUUGUUGUUGUUCCAGCUUUUCCGUCUCCCGUUUUCACUUUGAAAAUAGCUGAAAAUAGAUAAAGUUGCAUCUCAAAAAGCACAAACUUGGAACACAACGUUGCCCCAGUUAAGUUUCCGUGUGCUGGAAGAGUUAGUGGGACGAUUAGGGAGGAGAGCGCAUCAUUACAUCGACACCUGGAACAGCCGAUACUGGGUCAGAACACAUGAGAAUAUGUGUAGCAGAAGUAAGAAAUAUCACUUUAAAACGACUAUAUUGUAAUUCAAAUCUAUCGUACAGCACUCACUCUCUUGUUAAUGAGCUAGAUGUUUGAAAAAGCAUAUUUUUUCUACACAGUUUGGAUUUUAUAACAGCACAAUUAAAGAUGUUUUAAAUAUA